CAGCAUAGUGCAGACACCACGGAGUCGCAAUGAUGUGCUGUGGCCAGCAAGAUGAAGACGAUGCAACAUACGAUCGUAAGACGACACGCACACACAUGCCAUCAUCGUCACCGCAUUGUUCACCCUCCAUUUCCAUAUCACAUCCACAGACACAGCACACCAGUUCAGCCGAUCCUCGCAUCAAAUGUACGAGCUCAUGCCUCAUGGCUCGGAAGUUGGGGGUGGGACCAAGAGACCGGCCUCGCGGUUCGUCUCAGAUCAGGUUGGCUUCUCAGCUCGGUUCAACAGAGGCUCCCAGAGUCCCAGCCAGCUUCCCAGAACCGAUCCCUAAAUUGAUUGACGUGCAUGUCCGGGCCCGGCUCCGACACAUUUUUCACGCAAUACUCUCCGCUGGUUUCUCUCUUACUCUCUCUCCUAUUCUCUCGAUCCCACAACGAUUCCUUUCUUUUGUCUGUGUCACUCUCUCCACCCAUUCCCCAUAUCUUUAUUCUCUGUUCAUCAGUCCCGCUCUUACGCACCCACCCCUUGAGAACAUUGCGCCGUUGGAUAUGCUUUAAAGAGUACCAUGGUGGGCGAGCUGCCCUUGCUUAUGAUACUGCCAACGCCCAAUCCUCAUCAGCUCGUCGAUUUCGACAAUGAAGACAUCUGGCAAGCAAGUCAAGGUCCAGGACUAUACUCUUAGGACUGGCCUAUGCUAUUCAUUCACGAUUCGACGUAGCACCCUGAGGCUCUGGGUAUUGUGUCUGGCCGACUUGUGAUGACCGAUGCUAGCGUUGCGUCGUGCAUCAAUGACCUGAAACUGGGCGAUUAUCUGCUUCCUUCUGCAUUCUACUUUAUUAAUGCCACCUCCCUGAGGGUCCUGAUAACAAAGUUGACAAGCC